AUGACCACCAACGCUUCCCUGGAUGUACAGUAUGGAGGAAAUACCAAGUCAGGCUGGCUGAAGUAUCUCCCUGAGUCGUGGCUACCUUUCGUGCAACUGGCCCGACUGAGCCCCCCAGCAGGUCUUUUCCUCAUCUUCUUCCCUCACCUUUUUGGGAUUCUUCAUGCCACCAUACACACGGGGCUUACUGCUACUGAUGUCAUCCGCGCAAGCGCACUGAUGUUUGGAGGCAGUCUUUUCGUAUCCAACGCCAUACACAUCUGGAAUGACUUGAUUGAUGCACCCUUGGAUGCGAAGGUAGAACGUACCCGCCAUCGACCCAUUCCACGAGGGGCAGUGUCUCCUACCGCAGCGUUGGUAUUCACCAUAUCUCAGGCAGUUGGGGCGGCACUUUUUCUUCCCCUCAUGCCCACGGGGUUUAUCCGAACCACCCUUUACUCAAUUCCUGGGAUAGUGGGGUGGACAUAUUAUCCGUGGGCUAAGCGAUACACCUAUUAUCCGCAAGUGGUACUCGGGUUCUGCCUUUCUUGGGGAAUAGUGAUGGGAUCUCUGGCCGGUGGCUUCGUGCCCUUCACCACCGAUGGACUCUGGACCUUCGUGGAUCCCUCUAGCUUCUGUCUCUUUGCCGCCUGCACUCUCUGGGCGAUAGUAUACGACACUAUUUACGCACACCAAGACCUAUCAGACGACAAGAAAGCGGGGAUCAAGAGCUUGGCCGUCCUGUACGAAGGACGGACAAAACCCCUCCUUUGGCAGUUGUUGAUGGCUAUGACCGCAUUGCUAAUCAUAUGCGGUUCGCUCAGCGGGAUGUCCAUUAUAUUUUACUCUGUUGCGGUUCUAGGGUCUGCGACCUCGCUUGGUGCCAUGGUCUGGAACGUCGACUUGAAGGAUAGCCGGAGCUGCUGGUUUUGGUUCAGUAACGGUUUUUGGCUUGCAGGUGGGUCUAUUGCGGCAGGGUUGAUUAUGGAGAUACUUAAUGUGGGGGUUUGA